CAUAGAACACACCAUUGUGCAGCAGACACUUCAGUGCUUCUCUGACUGAGUUUCACAUCACAGUCGCACACAUUCUCUCUCUUUCUCUGUGUGUGUGUUCGUGUGAUGUAACUGUUGAAGUCGAGCGGGUCGUAACGGGGCGAUUCGUCUGUUCAUCAUCAUCUGAGAUCAGUCAGAACAGAUCAGACAGACAGACGCUCUUGAGAACCGUCUCAUGAUGUGGCUGCAGGUUUUGUCGGCGUGUCUGUUGGCAGUGUUGUGUCGGGCGGCUCCUCACGCUCACAUCAACCGUCUCGCUCUCUUUCCUGAUAAAAGCGCCUGGUGUGAAGCCAAGAACAUCACGCAGAUCGUGGGUCACGCUGGCUGCACGCCGCAGUCCAUCCAGAAUAGAGCUUGUCUGGGUCAGUGUUUCAGCUACAGCGUCCCGAACACUUUCCCACAAUCCACUGAGUCUCUGGUUCACUGUGACUCCUGCAUGCCUGCGCAGACGCAGUGGGAGGUGGUGACUCUGGAGUGUUCGGGCAGUGAUGAAGCUCCUCGUGUGGAUAAGUUAGUUGAACACAUUCUUCACUGCAGCUGUCAGUCGUGCAGUAAGGAGAGCGCUCAGGAGGGGGCGCUGCUGCAACUUUACCCGUCAGAGGGGGCGCUGGAGAGCCCGUCACUGUCAGACAAACAGACACACACAGACACACACUCUCAGCAGCGCGCUCGCACACGCUCUGAUGCGCUGCACUUAGACACGUCAGAGGCGGGCUGACGUCUUGUGCACUUCUCAUCACACACUCACAAACACACUUGUGUCUCAUCACAUCUGCUUCUUACUCAACAAUUGCACACUUAUAACUCUGAGCUGUUCUUACACACACACAACACGACUGACCUGUAUUAAUUCACACACACAGAAAUGUUCAGAUGUAUGUUUGUACACACAAUGAUUCUCUCUCUGUCACACACACACAUGCUCUGCGUCAGUUGUUUGUGUAUUGUUGUUUAAUCACAAUAAAAGUGUCAAAUCAU